AUUUAACGCAAUGUCAUCAAAUACUACUAUAUUUUACACAAUACUCAAUGUUCUAGCAAUCCUUUGCAUUAUUCUCAGUUUAGUGGGAAACUUCAUGACCUAUUUCUUCUGGAAUUUUAUUCUUAUUGGUAUCUUUAAGAUUAUUUUAGUAGUUCUCUUGUUAGCUGUGGAAUUCAUGCAAACACCUGCUUUGAUCAAGCCUUUCUCUUUUAUGUUCUAUUUCCUUGGUCGUGGUCUCUUUUAUUUCUUCUUUGGUUUCCUUACGAUGGGCAUUGAUAUCCUUUCGAUCAUUGCUGGAUUUAUUCUUGUUCUCUUGGGUAUCAUUUAUAUUGGCAUUCAUUUUGCUUCUCGUAAUAAGGAACCCGAAUCCAUGUCAUUCGUCAGGUACCAACGUCUUACCAGUGGCAUGUCUCACGAAUUACCUACUGCUGCUAAUCGCCAAAACACCUAUCCUGUGGCUCAACAAGUGCCUCUUUCUCAACCUAAUCCAAGCAACCAUGUUUUGGCUGAAAAACAUAGUCAAACUCAGAUAAGCAUUGCUAUGCCUGUUCAGUCUACUGAAGUUACGGAUCAAGAAAAAACAGAAGAAAAAACAGAAGUUUAGUUUCUUCAUGAUAGAACUUACAUAUCAUUACCAACAUGCUAAAUUAUAUUUAUGUAUACAUUCAAUACCAAUAAAACU